AUGAGAUCGCUUUUCCCACGAUCAUCGUCAGUGGUUUCCGCUUUGGCCAGCGACCCUAGGGAAUAUUUUGUUUUUCAUGUUUUAGACCAUCUCACUUUAAGUUGGGAAACGGAGGAAGUGAUCAGUAACCAGAGAUUCUGGAUCCCUUCCAGCGAUUCAGGAUCUAUCACCCCUUACAUUGCCAUCAUUACUCCGUUCCAAACACACCAAAGACAUGUAUACCGAAAUUUCUCCGUGAAACCUUCAACCUCAAGAUGGGUGGGGUCGUCAUCAGCGAACACAUAUGCAUCUCCAGCCGGAAGCGCAGUUCAACAGUUCACCCCCACGCUAAUUUAUCAACGUCCCUUCAAAAAUAGUUGA